AGAAGCUGAGUAAGAUCACAUGCAAAGAAAUAAAGAAAUUAGUGCUAGGAUUCUAGGUGAAACAAAAUCCUAGAACCCUGUGUUCAUUCAUUGUCCUAAUUGUUCUGGUUUCCCGUCAGAAUCAGCCCGUCUUCAGUUAUAGUUAUUUUUUCACACUGCGUUUUCUGCCAUCAGUGGCCUAUGGGUAAGAGGCACCCUGUUGCUCUGUCUCCCAACAGAGAGAAAAGAAGACUAUGACUCCUCAACGAGGAAGAGGAUCCACUGUGGAGGGUGCGAUUGCCGCCGAGAGAGCCCCACCAUCCCUGUCUGCAGUUCUGAAGAAUAACCCGCUCUAUGGUGACGUCAGCUUUGAGGAAGCGAUGGAAGAAAGAAAAAAGAAUCCUUCAUGGACCGUCGAGGAAUAUGACAAGCAUUCCCUGCAUGAAAAUCUUGCUGGGCAUCUGAAGGAAAAUCCUAAUGACCUGCGGUUUUGGUUGGGAGACAUGUACACGCCUGGUUUUGAUACCUUACUGAAAAAGGAAGAGGAACAAGAGAAGCAUUCAAAAUAUCGCCGUAUAGGUUUGAUUUUUCUCCUUGUUGCCUGCCUCUUGGUUUUCAUAGUGACUGUCAGCACUUUUUUGACCUAAAGAAACUGUCCCAGACACAGCCACAUUAAUUUUCCUAAAAAUAUUUCUAAAUAAACAUUUACAGAAAAACAUGUUCAUGCAGUGUGACCGUAUUGUUAAUUGUGCAGUUGAAUGUAACUAUCUUGUCAAAUGCUAAUGUUGCUUUAGAUUCGGGUGCGUUUUUUACUUUGUUCUAUGAAUUCUUUGUAAGAAUUCCAGCCUGAGCUACAUCCUUUGAGAAGCAGAAAUUCUGGGGAUUGAAACUGCAAAACAGUCAUUGUAUAUAAACCAAAUGAAACCCUUUGAUGAAGAACAAACAGCUUCAACAGUAGUCAGCAGCUUUGUCUUGGUGCUCAAACUAUAUUCGCCUUGUUUUAAAAUCCUGUUACCUCCUGGCCCCUCACCCUCCUCGUGUCACUAGCAAACCUGAGCAAAUCCAUUUUUGCCUGACUGCCAGGUACACAGGAUUCAGAGCUGGUGGUGCUGCCAGGUAGGUUGGAUUCAUACUCUUUUAUCUUCCUUUAUUCCUUGUUGAAGCCAGAAAAAAAGAGGGCAGGCUUUAUUCAAACAUAUUCAUAUUUUCUCAGCCAUCUUUUAUAAUGCCUCACGUUCGUGGUGUAAUUUUACUAGACCUAACCUCGAACAGGUCAUAGUUACAUAAUCAAUCAUGUGUGGAUCUAGUUGUGCCUCAUAGGGAUCCUCAUUGGCCAGUGUGACCCCUGGUGGCAGUCCGUGUGUAUCACUAGCCAUGGUCUAGGAGGAAGGCCCUAGAAAAGUAGAGGGGAUGUUGCUAAGAGAACAGGGUUUGAGCCCAACUGUGCCUUUUGCUAACUGCUGGACCCUGGACAAGUUAUUCUCUCUGAGAAGGCGUCAUAUCACCUCCCCAGCAGGGCUCACCGAAGGACUAAGAGACAAUGUCUGGCUCCCAUUAAAAGUGCAGAUGUUGCCUCUAAUUUGUGCCAGCAUAUUGACACCUUACAUUGCUGCAGUUACCUGGGACAUGGCUCUGGCCACAGAUGGAGAAUCAAGUCCCCCUUUUCCCCUUCUCCUAGGAUGCUUCCCUAAGUCCCUCAUCCCUGCCCCAUCUCUUCUUUCUAGACUCUCCCCAUACCCCCAAUCAUCUUGUGCAGGAAACAAAAAUGGGACUUCCUCCUCUUCCCUUGAGUCAGUUUUGCCCUUUGAGGUUGCCAUAUUGUUUUCUUGUUUUUCUCUUAAAGACACUUGAAAUAAAGGACAUUCAAGUGUAGCUUUGCUGUACAAUGAAAUCAUGGUGCACAAAAAUUGUCCUAAGGAUAUUUGUAGUCCUUGACUUGUUACUCCUCCUCUCCUCUAAUAGAUUCUAGUCCAACUUAGAACUGCAUGAAGGAGAAAUGAAGCUCCUGGGGACUCCUGAGAGCAGGCCCACUCUCACUGGGGACACCCCAAAGACAGUCACUUGCUAUUACUGUUUUCAAAGCUUAACUGCCUGAUGUUUGUCUCUAAGGGAUUCAAAAUGUGUUCAGGUACCUGCCACACAUGGAAAGCACUGGUGCUGCCCCAGGUGUUGUCCAGGGCCACAUACAGGUAAGGCUCUCAAAGACACUGAGCUGGGGUAACCACAGGAGCAGUGUAGACACUGAGCUGGGGUAACCCCAGGAGCAGUGUGAAGCCAUUGACCUGCACCCAGCCCCCUGGCCUGAUCUCAUCCUUCCCUCUGCCCAGUCAAACACCCCCACCCCCACCCCCCCAGUAUUCCUCUGCUCUCUCUAGCCCACCUCUACUCACCCAUCAUAUUACCAUUCAUUCAUAUUUCAGAAUGAAUGGGCUGGUGACUUUGCUAUUACUUCCAAACCAAUCUUUACUUUUAGCCUCCAGUGUAAGUGUAGAAUCAAAAUACAUUAUUGUCCCUGAUUGGGUUAAUGUUAAGCAUGCACAGGAGAGGGAAACUCAUAAAUAGGGACUACAUCCCUGCGCGCACUCAAAAAUCAAACCAGGGAAGUAGUUCCAAUUUCCCCUUCAGGAUGGCUUUUGAAAGUGGCUCGAGCAGAGAGAGCAUAAUAAGGUCAUGGAAAAUACAGAGUUGAUGGCCCUACACAGAUUUAAGUUCAAAUCUGGGCUUUCUAAAAAAGCUCUGGUCCAGAUUCAAUGAAGUACUGUUUUUAAAGCAUACUUUAAAUGUAGUGCUUUAAUUGUAAUACUUUAAAUGUAAUGAUUUAAAUGUAAUCCUUGGCACACAAUAGGUGGUCAGUAAAUAAUAACAUCUUCAAAGGAGUGACUGUUUUCAUCACUUUUUUUUUUUUACAAAUUGGGAGAAGAAAGUCUGGGCUCCAUAAAUUCUUAAGUAAUAAUGAUUUCAAACGGCAAUAUUUCCCAGGUUCUUUAUUAGAUGCACCCCUAAAAAGUAUUUUUGUUUUUUUUUUUCAUUGUCUAUUAAGUCAGUGUGUGGGAGGCCUAAAAGCCCACAGUACGGUCAUCUUUAGAGAAAAAAAAUUCCAACUGUGGGUAUUUUCUAGAAGUACUGCUUUCCGACUUAAAAGAAUUAAAGUGAUGUUUUACAUAACCCUUUAAUGGCUAUUCCAAUUGCAUUCCGUUUGCUGUCCACCUUGCCGAGUUUAGUGGGUGGAAAAAACAGAGAAACGGUCCCUGGCAGCUCCGUUUAUCCAGAGUGCACUCCUGCCAUCUGGUGGCAAUAUAUAUUAUGCCAGCCCUUUGCCCAUGAAAAAGCAUUUCACCAAAGGGACAUUUUGCAGGCAAGGGCCUGAGUGUGCCUCUGUGGCUAGAAUCAAUGUGAUCAGGUGGACAGAGCUCCUGCCUCCCCUACACUUGUAACCACUAAUUUUGAUACCCAUUCAUCUUGCAUGACAAGAAUCCUACUAGUGUUCAUAAACGGACUCUACUGCAUAUAAUAAUGCUAACGUGCAGGGUAGGGACCACCCUGUUCCUAAUCUCCUCACACUGGUUAAGAUUUUAGGAUUAUUAAAUAAUUUACUGCCAUUUCAGAUAUGACAUGGUCUGAAUUUCUCUGGGUUUAGCUCUCCAUAUUGAGAUUGUCUUUAAAUAUUUUUAAUGCCUUUUUUCUCUACCCAGUGUUUAUUACUAGUUUUAAACUUCUCUCCCCAUACAAUUGAAAAGGCAAUUUUAUAUGAGAAAAUCAGCUUUCAAACUAUAAUUCAGUCGGGCCAUGACAUCUCAAGCCCUUGGGAUUUCUGCUCACACACCCACAGAGUCUAACACACUGUCCCUUGUAGGGGAAAGAGAGGUCCUUUGGUCCCUUCCAAAUAAUCCCUUAGUCCAGGCUCUUGCCCAGCUUGAGGUGAGACUGUUGAACGCAAGUGAGCAGCUUCAGAAACUGAGAACAGCUUUCUGCCAGAGCAGGUGUGCGGCUCUCGCUUCCCGGAACCCGUGACUCGGGUACCGGACCAGACUUCCCUCUUUGCGCAGACUCCUGGAAAAUGCAGGACCAAAUGGGGGCCCUCUCUUCUUAACAAGUGCACAGAAAGUCCUCACGGGCUUUUCCUAUCCUAGCCUCAUUCGUGGCUCCCUCUCAUAAUCUGUCCUUUGCCCCAUCUUCCUCCCUGCCUCAAAUAUGUGGUAUCUCCCCGGGCUCUGCUCUUUCUCUGAGCUUUAGACCUAUUAAAAAGCUCCAGAGCAUAGAGAACUGGGUGUGCGUGUUGAUUAUAUAUGUGUCCGAUGGUAUAUAAAAACUAAAUAUAAAAGGCUCUCUUUCAAAAGAAAAAUUUGAAAUUAAAAUAUCUUUUAAAUAAGGAAAUUUGUUGUUUUAGUAUAAAAUGUUCCCUGACUAGGUUUCUUUGGCCAGAAGAAAUGAGAUUCAAGACUCACAGUUUUAUUUAUACCAUACUUACAGUUUUCAAGUUCGUGACGAAGAGAGAAGAGGAGGAAUCCUUUUGUUAAUUAAACGUGUUAGAUUUUCCCAAUUAUGAAAGAAGUAUUGAAAUCCCCCACUUUCAAAUUAGCUCCAAGGCUGGCGGCACACUGUUUAGAUGAUUAC